CUUUCUUGUCUUCACGUGUGACGGACCUGGUUCUGCCUCAACCCUUCAGAUGCAGACGGAACUAUUGAUAAAUCAACAAUAUGGCAUCGAUCUUCAUUCCACUUUAUAUCCUGGCCAAUCAGAACAGUCCUACAGUUACUACCCUGGUCCAGCCAGACAACCGUGACGCUAACCUUACCAACAACAUCACCGUCGGUAGAGAUGGCAACCAAUCCCAAGACCAGAACGAAGAUGGGGAUAUUGGAACCUUGUUGGACGACGUGACAACAUUUGCCAUGGAAACAAUGUCGUCGGAGGCGACCACCAGCCAAUCUGAGGAAUUUGAGAAUGACAAGUAUACCACGACAUCAUCACCGGUGCUGAUAGAAUCUACUGGAGGAGGCAGUGCCACAGCAGGCUAUGUAAUCCUGAUUCUCAUAUUGUUAGUCAUUGUGUGUCUGGUGGUGGUUCUCUAUAUCCUGAGGAAGAAGUCAAGGAAGUAUUCGUUUGACCUGCACCUUGCGGGAUACGACCACGACACCCCACUCACCUGCAUGGAACAAGCCGGAACCUUCGAACCCAAUGAGAAAGCUGGAGGUUUUGAGUACGUGAUGGGUGGUGGUGAUGACCACCAGGCUAUGAGCCCUGUAGCCAAUGGCUCAGCUGGGGAGGCGGGGUCCACUGGAGAGAACGGAGAGAAGCAGGGUCAUGGUGAUAGUGAUGGUGAUGGCGACAGCUUCGACAACUUCUGUGACUGUGCGAUCACUCUGACUCCGCCCUUAAAGAGGGUGGGCUUUAGCCUGGACCUGGACCUGAGUGACAAGCAGUCGGACAAAUCAGACAACGGGGAGCAGAAUGGGAACAACAACAACGUUGCCAUGGAGAUGACCCCUGAGCCUCCAGGCCUGACCUUUGACCCUGUAGGUCCAGGUGACGUCUUCAUUGAAGUCAACCUGGAUAUAUAGAAGACACAUACAGUGUUGUAAAAUGGUAAUGUUCUGUUGUGGUUGAUUUAGAGAUUAAUGUAAAAAGCUUCAAAUAACUUUUACUUCCCUAUUUUUUAUAUUUUUUACGUUUUUCAUUACGUAAGUUUUUUUAGUAUUUCAAGAUAAAAACGAAUGUUUAUUGUUUUUUGUUAUUCAUUUUAAUAAUGUUUUGCGCAUGAUAAUAAUCGCAGGAGAUGAUGCCAAGUCACACGGUGAUGGUUUUUGGAAUAAAACAUACUUUACAGAA